AUGCGGCCGCGCGGGCGGCGCUGGAGCUGGCGGACGCCGCCAAGCAUCGUCACCAGGCCCUUCAUGGAUCUGGUGUGCGUCGUGUUGCGGACCACGCUGGACAUCAUGAGCGUUCUGGUCGGCAGGACCCCGAUGGAGUUCAAGUUCGCUCUGGCCGUAGUGACCAUGCUGCUGCUUCUCGCCCUCGCUGGGCAGAUGUACCUUCUGACGACGACGACGAUGUUGCAGUGCACGACCGACCUCCGCCUCGAGCGGGAGGCCCCUCACGUUUACGAUGAACGAGCUCAUGUGUUUGUGUUGGCUACGACGCUCUUCGCCUACAGCUGGACACCACUCGAUAUGGUUCAGACAUCGGAGCCCAACGUGUACCUGGACAAUGACUACUUCCUGGAUGACCUCGGCUUCGAGACCGAGCUCUGCAUUUUCGAGGAGCGAGCCCGGCCCCCUGCUGUCGGUGAUGCCGGUGGUAAUGCCGUUCCCCAUGCCGCUGGUGAUCGACCUGCCAAGCUUGCUAGUGCCGACGCGGCCGCCGCUGCUCUGCUGCUCACCCUGUUCGUGCUGCUGCCGCUGGUCGCCCACUGCCCGCAGUUCGUGCUGGAGCGGAUGACGAUGCUGGCGCUGGUGCUCUCCCUGCUGCUGCUGCCGCUUGGCUCAGGUACUGGUGUCCCGCCCCCUGCCGAAGCCCAAGCGCAUCCUGGUGGUCCUGUCAAGGCUCGGGAUUUGUUCUGCUUGAAGGUGCUGGACGUUGGCCCUCGUGUGGCCUGGCGCCCCGCGUGCCGCGACGCUCGCUGGCACUCUCACCUCGUGGACGUCUCGCAUUGCAGCAGCUUCAGCAAGAAGCGACGGGUAGCACGGGUCGUCGUCAGCGUCGUCCCAGCUUGCCGUAUCCCAGACGGGAUCAGCACCAUCGGCGGCAGAAUCAUGACCGAUACCGAGCUGCUGUUGGCCACCAUCAGCGGCAGCAACCAGAAGGAAGAAGGUGAUGCGCACCUUCAUGGGCGCGUGACGCCUGGCGCCCCUUUCUUUCGACAUUAUGACCUUCUGCCGCUUCGUGCCUGCAGCAAGGCUCUCUUCGCUCACGUUGACUUCGUCGUCAUGGUCGACAAAUUCAAUCCGUUCGGCUUCAUGGUCGCCGACUCCUUCGCCGCGGUUGACGCAGACUACCAGAAGAGCUACGAUUACCAAUGCAAGUACGAUUUCGAAAAAGGACCACCUUGGCUACCUCGACGCUGGCGACCGCCCGGGCACCUUCAACGUGGACCUGAGAGGCUCGGCGCAGCGGCGGCUCUGACCAAGAGGUGGAGCGGGAGCGGAUUAAAAGCCGCAGCGGCCCCGCGCCGCCUUCUCGGCGACGCCGCCAACGCCGACGACAACAUUGCGACCAACCUCCUAGAGGACGUCGGCCAGACCGUGGAAAUCGUCGAGCACGAGACCGCAACUGGGGCCCGUUGCUCUGCGCCUGGACCUGAUCAGCUCCCGCGCGCGGUUUGGGCCGGGGCCCAGGGCGCCUGCGACCUCUUGGAGGACGUGGCCUUCGACGUGUUUGAGCUCGGCAUAGCCCCGCUAGGUUUCAACUACUCCCUGUUCUCCUCCAUCCCCACGGGCUCCGAGAUGGGGGGCCCAGUCAACGGCGUCCGCGACGCCAGCGCCCUUCGACCAAUCGCCAGAAAGAACGCCGAUACAAAGAUCAUUGCGCCCGCCAUGAACGCCCAUUGGGCGCCGCACGUCGCGUCGCACGCGCGCCUUAUCCAGCUGGGCUUCAUCGGAGGGCGCAAUUUCUGCGGCAACAUAGUCGCCAUCGGCGCCGAGGCGCGCAUGGCCGGCCUGCUACCGGGCAUACGCUACGGCUGUCUAGCUGCGGCGCGCGCCGACGACGCAGGCGCUGUCAAUCGCACUGUGCGCCAGUUGCCCGCGAUUGCCAGCACUGCGGCCGAGUUCGGCGAUCUGCGCCCCCAUUCGAAGAGCGACCUGGUUCCGCUUUGGGAGCCGCUGACCGAGAACGUGAUCCAGCGCGUCAGGCGCGUCGUGGCCCACUUGGCGCCCCACGCACUCCGCAUGGUGCGGCGGCUCCCGCCUUCCUUCCGCCUGACCGACAUACUGUCUGUCGACGCUUGGUUCCCGACAUGUAAGCAAGCUCUGGCGGCUGGGACGUUGUGGCGCAUUGCGGAGUUCACGAUUACGACCUGGACCACGACUCUUUUCUGGCGCAUAGGCACCGCCAUCGUGCAACGGCUUGCGGCCGCGUCCAGGGACCGCCCCAUGGAGGCCCCCGCCCGUGCGCUCCCGCUGCACCAGAAAGCAGCGGAGGGCGCGAAGAGAUCAACCACUACCUGGAAUGCCGCCACGCCUUGCAUUGGCUGCUUCGCCUUCGACAACUCCGUCAUGGCGAUCUCCUGCAUCGGCUCGGACUGGCCAGAGAUGAGGCUCACCGCGACGAUCCGCAGCAUGAGCAUUCCAGCGCCUGAGCUGCGGUCCGACCGCGACGUGGUCGCUGCGGCGGUGCGGCAGAGCCCGGCCGCCCUGGAGCACGCGGCCGAGGCGCUGAGGGGCGACCGCGCGCUCGUGCUCGCCGCCGUGGGCGCCGACGGGCUGGCCCUGCAGCACGCCUCGCCGGAGCUCUGCGGGGACCGGCAGCUGGCGCUCCGCGCGGUGUCGCAGUGCGGGCGCGCCCUGAGGUUCGCGUGUGCCGAGCUCCGCGCGGACGAGGGCGUGGUGCUCGCCGCCGUGGGGCAGAGCGGCUACGCCUUACAGCACGCCGCGCCCCCGCUGCGGGCGGACCGCGGGGUGGUGCUGGCGGCCGUGUCGCAGAACGGCCUGGCGCUGGAGCACGCCGCGCACUGCCUCCGCGGGGACCCUGAGGUGGCCCGCGCCGCGGUCCUGCGCAGCCGCCACGCUCUGAGCUUCGUGCUGGGUCCGCUGGGGCGGGACCCCCAGCUGGUGCUCCUGGCCGACCGCGCGCCGCGCCUCGGGCUGCCCUCGGGGGAGAUCGUGCGGCUGCACGCGCCGCCCGGGGCCACCGUCCGGGACGUCACCCCCGGGGCCGCGCGGCACCUGCGCUUCGGCGGCGACGGCGCGAGGCUGGAGCUGGACGGCCGGCUGCUCGCCGCGGACGACGCCUCCAAGGUGUCGGACCUGGCCGAGGCCUCGUUCGCCUCCGGGGGCCUGGGCAUCUUCCAGGUGGUGCCCGCGGUGCUCGUGGUGGAUGAGCGAUCCCGCGCUCCGGGCCCGGCUGCGGCUUUGGCCGCCAGCAAGCAGGAGGAGGAGGAGGCCGCCCGCUGGCAGAGGCUCGCGGCGCAGGCCGCGGAGGCGGAGCGGGCCGCGGAGGCGGAGCGGGCCUUGCUAGAGCCCUCGUCGCCGCCGUCGGCGGAGAUCGAACCGUCGUCGACGUGGAGGUAG